CAUCAUACACCUUACAUGCACCAACUUGCAACAUCAAUAUCUGGGUUAAGACUUGCAAACUUUGUUCAGUUAGCAGAAGCCCCUUUGGCGCCAUGCUUAGGCUAACGUCGUUGUCAAGAGAGAGUUCUGGCCAGCCCAGAUUCCGCGCACUUCUGGAUGCGGCAAUACGUAGUUGCGGCGCUGCUGGUGGCGGGAGAGUGGAUCCGGCGUCCCUUCAGGGCAUGCUCAAUCUCGUCCAUGACAAGUUGUUAUCCCCAGGUGACGCGCUGAGCUGCUUCAAGGGCUACUUCCGAGAGGGCCCUCCGGAGCAGCAGUACCAGGCGCUGCUGGUGCUCAUCCAGUUCGUGGGCUGCGACCCGCACUUCGCCAACCUGCUUCACGCCGAGCUCGCCUCGCGGCGCUGGCGGGAGCGCUUCGUGUCCCUGGCCGCCUCCUGCCGCCACCCCGAGGUGCGCCCGCUGCUGGUGGCCUCGCUGGAGGGCUGGGCGGCCAGCUACCGCGCACACGACAUUGGCGCGCACUACCAGGCCACGCUGCGGGAGAUACGGGGCGCGGCGGGCAGCAGCGGAGGCGGAGCCGGACCUUUCCGACCGGGGAGUUCGGCAGGAGGAGGAGGAGGAGGGGGGUAUCAUGCGCAGAGCACGGGGGCUAGCGGCUACAGCACACAGUAUACCGGAGCUGGAGCAGGAGGAGCGGGAGGGGUAGGAGCAGCGGGAUUGCCGUACGGGUAUACCCCGGGGGCUUAUCCGCCGCCUCCGCACCACCAGCACCACCAGCACCACCCCUACCACCCGCCCGCGCCCCAGCCACCCCCCCGAGCUGCGGACCCGGCGGCUGUGUCUGCCAAGCUGGCCCAGCUGGUGUCCGAGGUGGAGUCCCUGCGCGGCUGCAGUGGCGCACUGGAGGGCGCGCUGGCGGACUACAAGGCGCAGCGCUGCGGCUUCCCCGCACUGGCGGGGGCGCUGGAGCGGGGGCAGCGGGUGGCGGAGCGGGUGGCGGCGCUGCAGGCGGAGCUGGAGACCCUGCUAGGUGCCUCCGAGGGCGUUGACGAGGCGCUGGUGGGGCGCAUCUUCGCGUGCAAUGACACGGCGGUGGCGGCGCGGGAGGGCUGGCGGGCGCUGGCGGAGCAGGAGCUGGCGCCGGACGACGUGCCCGCUCUGCCCACCUCCUCCUCCGGCGCCGGUCCCUCCACCUCCACCUCAGCAGCAGCAGCAGCAGCCGCUGCCCCGCCGCCGCCUGCCCCGCCCAAGCCCGCCCCCAGCCCCAUCGACCUGCUGCUAGGCGACGAAAUCCCCUCCUCCGCACCACCUCCACCACCACCUCCCCCGACGGCACCCACACCUUUCAGCGCUGCGGCCGGGUCUGCGGGGUCUGCUGCCAACGGGUCGUUCUCCGUCCCCAACGGCGCUGCUGCUGCUGCUGCUGCCGGCGGCAUGUGGGCUCAUUCAGGGCCCUACACGUCCUCAGCAGCAGCGUCAGCACCAGCUGCGGCUCCCUCCUCCACCUCCUCCACCCCCAUCGUGCCCGCGGGCGACGUGGAGGGUCUGCGGGCGCAGGUGUUGGCCCUGGCCGGCGAGUUGGAGCAGCAGCGGCGGGUGCACGCCACGGCGCUGGAGAGGCAGGAGGCGUUCCACCGCUCGGAGAUGGCGCAGGUAAAAGCCCAGGCGCAGGCGCGUAUCGCCGACUUGGAAGCCGCCCUGGCGGCCGCUCAGCAGCAGCAGCCACCACUCGCCUACCAGCAGCAGCAGCAGCAGCCGCUACCGUUGGGGCCCUUCACCUCCGCCGGGGGACCCUCCACGUCCGCCUCCACACCCGCAGCUUUGACGCCUGCCGUCUCCGGAGCGGCCGCUGCCGCAACCGCAGCAGCCGGCGGCAGCAUUAAUCAGUUUGGAGGGUACGGUGCGCCGUACGGCGGCCCUCCGCCGGCAGCGGCCCCCUCGUACCCGCCUAUGGCACUAGCUAGCACCAACCCCUUCGCCAGCAGCUUCAACCCCGCCAUGCAACAGCAGCAGCCGCCAGCGCCAGCGUUCGCUCCGUCCUUGCCAAUGCCGACAGCGUCAGCAACGGUUGCACCGCCGUCAGCAGCAGCAGCAGCAGGCGCUGCGUCCGGAGCCGCUGCACCCAACCCGCUUGACAUCUUGGGCGCGUUUGACGACCUGGCCCUCGCGCCCGCAGCAAAGCAUCAACCGGCUGCGGGGCCGCCCAUGCAGCAGCAGCAGCAGCAGGCGUUGCGGCCGUACCCCAACCUGCCCUCCGCGCCGCCGGCUGCCGCAGCCACGGCUGCUGGUGGCGGUGGAAUGGAUGCAGGGGGCUCCUGGGUUAACUUUGGCGUGUAGCUUCCUUGCAUGCAUGGUCCUUGCAUGCAUGGUCCUUGCAUGCGGCGGGAUUCGCAGUUGUACGGCAUGAACCGAACUGGGUGUACGGCAUGCACGGUGCUGUGUAGCAGCUCGGCAUCUUGGAUUGCAACUGAUGACAGCUAACACGGCAGCUGGUUAUUGGCUUGGUGGGAGGGCGGCUUUUCGUGGAAGGGCAUGGAUGGAUACGCGUAUGUGGGCAUUGCAAUCGUCACGGGCAUUGCAGUGCAUUGCAGGUGCGGGAGAGAGAGGUUUAUGGUUGGGUAGGGGUCCCGGGGAUGAUGUGGCGUGACGAGGUGGGUACCGGUAUGUGGGGCGCAGAUGGGGUGUACCGUUGUCGUGAGGACUACUACCCGUGUAGUCACGCCGCAUGUAGGGAUGGCCUGGCGGAUGCAUGUAUGUGGGGGCAGCGCCUGGGGUGUGGGUCGUGCUGUUGGUUGGCUGGAGUUCUUCUUGUUGCACAAACGCGUUUGGUGUGGCUUGGUGGUUGCGUGCGUGUUAGGGCUGAUGGCACCGGUAUAUGGAAAGCGCAUGUGCAGUGGUGAACAGAUUGACAGUUCGCGCAGCAAAUUGACAGUUCACGCAGCAUAUUGACACUUCGACAUAAGGAAGGAGGAGAUGGCAAAAGCUUGCUUCCUACUAUGGCCUGUCGUACGGCAUUGCAGUACGGCAUUCUUAUCGUAGUACGGCAUCCAUGAAGUAUAGUGGCUUGUGAUGUGUGUCACGUGGCGCUGCAGAAGCGCUGUGAGGCUGCCCUGCAUUUGGCAUUAGUACUUUUGUCAUGCCAGCUCAGCAGAUAUCCGCUCGUCGCGGUACAGGAGCAUCUUGGGCAGUGUGGUGUGUUGUUAGGGUCCGUGUUUCCCGCCCUUCCCUGCAGUCACCUGCUACUCCUUGGACGUGCCGUGCUCUGGCCCUGGGCCUUCUGCACGUGAACCUGGCAUGCGGUUAUUGAAUUGCCUAGACCUUUGCGCAACUUGUGCUUCUGGUCUCUUGGAUGCGUGGAACCGCAGGUCUGUGCGGGGUUUCGCCAUGUCUUAGCGCGUAUGCUUGCCGUGCUCUUGUCGUACAUGAGGUACAAGAAUGUUCGUACAUGCUGCUGUAUGGUGUAACCAAGUCGACUUGGGACGCUCUGGGCGCUAUCUGGGUUGGUAUGGGGUAUAGGAGAGACCCAAUGAGUCUGAGAGCAGCCACAGGCCGAGUCCGGACGUGAGGCUAGUUGCUGUUUGUGUCUCAGGGACGUGUCGCAGCGCCAUAGCAAUAUACAAGUUUUGCAGCAAAAUGCCAGACUGUCAUGAG